UGUGGAGGAUUACCUGGACUCCAUCGAGUCACUGCCUUUCGACUUGCAGAGGAAUGUCUCGCUGAUGCGGGAGAUGGACACCAAAUACCAAGAGAUCCUGAAAGAAUUGGAUGACUACUAUGAGAAGUUCAAGCGUGAGACUGAUGGCACCCAGAAGAGGCGGGUGCUGCACUGCAUCCAGAGGGCCCUGAUCCGAAGCCAGGAGCUGGGUGAUGAGAAGAUCCAGAUUGUAAGUCAGAUCGUGGAGCUGGUGGAGAACCGAACCAGGAAAGUGGACAGUCAUGUGGAGCUCUUCGAAGCACACCAGGACAUCAGUGAGAGCACCGGCAGCAGCGGCAAGGCUGGCCAGGACAAGUCCAAGAGUGAGGCAAUCACUCAGGCAGACAAGCCGAAUAACAAGUGGUCCCGGAGGCAGCGAAACAAUGAGAAUCGAGAGAAUGCAUCUAAUAAUCACAACCAUGACGACAUCACCUCAGGAAUGCCCAAGGAGAAGAAAGGAAAAACCUCAAAGAAGAAGAAACGCUCCAAGGCCAAAGCAGAGAGG